GGUAAACGUAGGCUUAAUUAUAUUGUUUCAAGAUGUCUGGAAGCCUCAGAAACUAUAGUAAGACUUUCAGGAAUCCAAAACGUCCAUUCGAGAAGGAACGUUUGGACCAAGAGCUCAAACUCAUCGGUGAAUAUGGACUAAAAAACAAGCGUGAGGUGUGGCGCGUGCAGUAUGUGUUGUCCAAGAUUAGGUCAGCUGCCCGUUACCUUCUCACCCUAGACGACAAAGACGUUAAACGCCAGUUCCAAGGUGAUGCUUUGUUGAGACGUAUGGUUCGCUAUGGACUUAUGGGUGAAAACGAAAGGAAGCUGGAUUUCGUCCUUGGUCUUACACUCAACAAGAUGAUGGAACGUCGUCUCCAGACCAAAGUUUUCAAACUUGGUCUUGCUAAAUCAAUUCACCACGCGCGCUGCAUGAUCCGUCAGCGCCACAUUCGCGUGGGCAAGCAAAUCGUCGAUAUUCCCUCUUUCAUGGUCAGAGUUGACUCUGAGAAACACAUCGACUUUGCCCUCACCUCUCCAUUCGGCGGUGGCCGUCCAGGAAGGGUACACCGCAAGGCUUUGCGUGCUGCUGCCGAGUAGAAGUAACAUCUUUUUAAACGUGCUACGUAUACUUGUG